AUGGAUCUGCAAAUUAUUUUAGAUGCGUCGUCUUCACGACGUGAGGUAUUCGAGCAUCAGCGUGAAUUGGCUUUAUCUCUCAUUGAACGUCUACCGAUUACUGCCGAUGGUAUGAAUGUUGCCGUAGGAGUAAUCAGCUUUACCGCUGUACCAACAGUCCGACUUCCUCUCGGAUUGGGAAGAACGAAAGCGGAAAUUCGUUCUGCACUGGAAUCGAUUGAAUAUCGCGGUGGUUCCACGUUGACAGCUCAAGCGGUGGAUCUCAGCAUCGACGAUCUUCUCCGCGGCCGACGACCAGAGGCCAUACAGGUGGUCGUCCUGAUGAACGAUGGCUUCUCUCAAGACACAUGGGAACGUGUGCUGUCGGCCAGCGAACGGCUCGCUUCCACGAAAGCGGAGCGAUUUGGAGUCGCACUUGGAAGCGAGGUUAGCUUAUUUUCAUUUGCCGAUUCGUUUUGCUUACGGACAGGGCUUAAGAGGGGGGAGGGUACUAGACUCCAACAGAAUUGCCUUCCUCGUUGA